AUGUCUAAAACCAUAGAAGACCGAAUGGAAGAUCCUAAUGAAAAGGAAGAUCAAAAUAAUCAAGAAGAGGAAAAGCAAAAGAUUGCGAGUUUCCUUUCUCAUUCAAAAGAAAAUAACAAUGGAAAACGACAUGCUGUCGAGACUUCUGAUCCGAGUUUUCUUAUUCAACAACUUGGUCGGGAUAUAUCAAUUCACUGUCUUCUUCAAUUGUCAAGAUCUGAUUAUGGAUCAAUUGCAGCAUUAAAUACGGGUUUUCGAUCACUAAUUCGAUCUGGAGAACUUUAUCAUCUUAGGAGAAAAAUGGGAAUAUUAGAACAUUGGGUUUACUUCAGCUGUGAAGUUUUUAAAUGGGGGGCAUUUGACCCAAAUUGUGGUCGGUGGAUGCAAUUACCUAAAAUGAAUUGCGAUGAAUGCUUUAUGUUAUCUGAUAAGGAGUCAUUGGCUAUUGGUACAGACCUUUUAGUUUUUGGUAAGGAGCUAAUGGCUCCUAAAAUAUAUAAGUACAGUCUUCUAACAAAUUCGUGGUCAGUUGGGAAAAUGUUGAAUACUCCCAGAUGCUUGUUUGCUUCUGCUAGCUUGGGAGGAAUUGCCAUAUUAGCGGGUGGUUGUGAUAUGUGUGGUAACAUCUUAAGCUCUGCUGAGCUCUAUAACUCUGAUAGUGAAAAAUGGGAAAUCCUUCCAAACAUGAAUAAAGCAAGAAAAUUGUGUUCGGGUGUAUUUAUGGAUGCAAAAUUUUACGUUGUUGGUGGGAUUGCAGCUGACAAAAUAACGCAACUUACAUGCGGUGAAGAGUUUGAUAUGAUUACAAAAGAAUGGCGUGAAAUACCCAAUAUGUUCUUAAUACGAAAUAACGUGCUUGAGACACCACCCCCUUCUGGAUCACCUCCUUUAAUUGCUGUUGCAAAAAAUAUAUUGUAUGCUGCUGAUCAUUUACAACGGGAAGUAAAGAAGUAUGUUAAAAGAAACAACUCGUGGGUUACCAUUGGAGGAUUUCCUCAACAAGCAAACUCAAUGAAUGGUUGGGGACUAGCAUUUCGGGCAUGUGGAGAUAAGCUAAUAUUUCUUGGAGGUCAUGGUCUUCGAGGUGGAACCAUGCUUGAAAUUAAUGCUUGGGUCCCAGAUGAAAAUGCACCACAGUGGAACCGGCUUGGGACAAAGGAAUCAAGGAGUUUUAUUCAUAACUGCACUAUUAUGGGAUGUUGA